AUGAAAACAAAUGGCCUUCCCAGUCACGAUAGCUUUUCUUUCGGUGAAAAUUAUGCUGCCAGUAACAACUACUCAAAACGAGCUCAACUUAUGCGAAGCCGCGCAGACAACCUUGUUCGGAAUGUGAUUAUGCGCCAGAUGAGCAAUGCCCUAGAGGAGGUGAAUGAUACCCCAAAACGUAAACUGGGUUUUUUCAAGGAUCACAAGCAAUCCACCAAACUGGAGGGCGACAACAGUCCCCUAAGGAAUUUCAUCACUGGACACUAUGACGUCUUCUCCAAAUAUUGCCGGACGAGAAACAACAGUGAUACGUAA